AUGGGUACAAAUGCUGAAUUUAAUCUUCGAUUUACGAAAAAGAUGAUUGAAAAAGAAGCAUCUGCAGCUGAGAAAAAAUAUGAAGCAAGUCGAAAGAAAGCAUUAGGUGCAUUAAAAAAAUCUGGUGAUGUUGAAACAGCUCGUAUUUAUGCUGAAACAGCAAUUCAAAAUCGAACAGCACAUAAUCAAUUUCUUAUAAUGGCUUCACGAAUUGACAGUGUUAUUGCUAAAGUUCAACAAGCAAAUGCUCAAAGUAUUAUGGUUAAAAAUAUGAAACAAGUUAAUAAAAUGUUGGAACAUGUUAAUAAAGAUAUGAAUUCAGCUGAAUUAGCUAAAGUUAUGGAAAAAUUUGAACAAGCAUUUGAAGAUUUUGAUGUUAAAGAGCAAGUUAUGAGUAAUGCAAUGAAUCAAGCCAUGGCAACAAGUACACCUACUGAAGCUGUACAAGAUCUUUUACGUCAAAUAGCUGAUGAAAAUAAUUUGGAUAUUCGUGCUCAACUUGAUGCUAUUCCAACAGUUCAACAUUCAAUAGCAACACCAGCACGACAAGAAGUUGCUGCACAAAGUAGUCGUUUGGCUGCUCUUCGUCAUGCAACAUAA